GGGUUUUCUAGUAUUCUAUCUACCCAAUUUUCAUUCAUAUCUAAAGCUGGCAGCGAAGAGAGAGAGAGAGAGGAGAGGCCUUCGGCACAGAGAUACGUUUUAACAAUCUCAAUGUUCGUUUUCGCUCUCGAAUGGUGCUCCGGAACUGCUUCCUCCAGUUCUGGUGUCAACAUUACAAUGGGUUUUGAUGGGACUAAAGAAUGAUGACCAAAGCCAAGGGAUAAAGGAUUAUAGUUAUAAUCAAGCACAUGGAAUGCAUUGAAUGCCUGGACAUUGGAGGUUCCUCUGGUUUGUCAUGUGAUGACAAAGAGGAUUUUAGGGCGUGUAUAAAUACUUCUUGCGGGCCUGCAAUUGAAGAUGAUUAUGGGUCGAAGAAAAUGGUGGAAUUCAGCAAUGACGAGCGCUGGUCUGGUGUUGAAAAGAUAGAAGAGGUUCUUCCCAAAGGUGAUGAUUUCGGUGAGAGAUUAUUCCCGGAAUUCGAGCAUAUGAUCGACAAGGAAUACCCAGUAUGUGAUUCACAUGUUUUGCUCAACGAGGAAAUGCCAAUGCCGUUAUUGACAGUGUCUACGAGCAUGGGAAGUGCAAUGGCCUUGCAAGAGGAGAAGAAGCAAGAAGAUAGCGUCUGCAUUAAUUCCAAGGAGGCUGAGCCCAAUAGGCCAAUCCUCAAUAUGGAGCUCGAAGAGAGCAAGCCCGGUGCAUUGAUCAAGGGGUCACCUGAAAUGGGUUCGUGCAACUCCAGUGAAAGGUUUGCUUCCUUGGUGUCUCAGUUCUUAGAAGGUACGAAAGCGAGUGCUUCUUCUAAUGGACAGUUUGUAUCAGCCAAUGCCAGUCAAUUGGCCUCACGAGAGAUAAAGAAGCAGGAAGUUGGUGUUUUUGUGAAAUCAAAGGAGACUGAAACCGAUGAUCCAAUGUCUCAUAUGUUUCUCAAAGGGGGGAAGGCUGGUAUAUUGACCGAGGGGUCACCUGAAAUUGAUUCCUCCAACUCUAGUGCUGGAUAUGCUUCUCUUGUGUCUAAGUUCUUAGAAGUUACAAAAGCAACUGCUUCUUCUGAUUUACAGUUUGCAUCAACUAAUUCCAGUGCAUUAGCACUCCAAGAGAAAAAGAAGCAAACAGAUGGUGUUACGGUCAAUUCAAAGGAGAGUGAAGCCAAUCUGCAAAUGCCCAUUAUGUUGCCUGAAGAAAACAUGCCUGGUGUGUCGAAUGAGCGUUCAUCUAGAAUGGGUUCUUACAUAUCAGGCAAUAGCUUUGCUUCUUUGGUUUCUAAGUUCAUCGAAGUUACAAAUGCUAGUUCUUCUUCCAGCAUUUAUUAUUUAUCAUCUGAUGCCAGUGCACUGGCCUUCCAAGAGGAGAAGAAGCAGGCAGAUGGUGUUUAUGUUAAUUUAAAGGAGAACGAAUCCAAUAAGCCUAUCUCCAGUUGGUUGCUUGAAGAAAGCAAGCCUGUUGCAUUGACUGAGGGAUCACCUGAAAUGGGUUCUUGUAACUCAGGUGAUGGUUUUGCUUCUCUGGUUUCUCAGUUCCUAGAAGGUAAGAAAGUGAGUGCUUCCUCUAGUUCUCAGCCUGUAUCAGCUGAUGUGAAUGCUCGAAGCUGUCUUAGUGGUGCAUUGGCUUCUUCUUCUGGACACGGUGAAAGGGAAUAUUUUAAUAUUGGUAACACUAUUGUGAAACCCGGCGUCACUGUUACUGAAUGUGCACAUUCUUCGUCUUCUUCGAAGAAAUUUAGUACACCAAUUAGAGUAUUUGGGCGGUUAACGAGAGCCAGAAAAGCUGCAAGAGACAAAAAUAUGGCUGCUGCUUUAUUGUUGAAGGAUGCUAGUUGGUUCUUUAAUAAAACCAAGGGCAAAAGGAGUGUAAUCUCAAAGGCAGCAAGGUCCUCAGUUUGGGGAGGGUUAGGGAGUUUGAUUCAGGUGUUUCAAGUUCAACAGAGUGACAAUGCUGCCAGUGGGUUUCCUCUGGAGCUAGUCAAAAGCAUAGGAGGUAAGAAAGUGGAGCGUGGAAGAAGUCGGGGAAGGUAUCGUGCAAAGGCUAAGGUUAGUACCAAAUCACAAAAGCCGAAGAAUCCUGCCCAAGUCAAGUCUAGGCGUGCUAAGGCUCAAAGAAAGGAUCAGCUGAUUGCAAAGGAGAGUCCUCUUUCAUUGUAUCAUCAUGAUGGUGGUAAUGUCAAUUUAAGUGUUGGGUGUCUGAAAAGUGAGGCCAUGGACAAUAAUAGUGGGAUGUUUAAAGCAUCUCAUGAAAUCAGUAAUGAAAAUUCCAAAGCAGCAAUGGAAAAUUUUGAUGUCAAAUUUGGACUGGAUGGCUGUGACACCAAGCAGGUCCAUGAAGUAGCUGUUCAAGACGCUUCUGUUGAUGGGUUCAAAAAAUCAGUCUUAUCUGUGGAUGUAGAUGUUCCGAUUGGUGAUUUGAAGCAUGGGGAUAAGGAUUCAGAAAGCACAUUGACACAAGAUACGACUGCUGAAAACCUCAUUGGCAGUUCAUCUUUUAUGCUCUCCUCAUUUGAAUAUGGCGUUGACGCAUUGGGAGAAGGAUUCAGUAGCAUGCAUCUUGACUUUGGGGCAUCACCUCAUUUAAUGGAUUCUGAUGAAACUGAAAGGAAUGCCACUGUGACUGACAGGAAGGAUGACCUCUGUUUACAUGAAACUUUACAGUGUGGAAGAAGUUUUCCUGUUACGGCAGACACAUCUCUAAGUAGUCAGGAACUUUCCGAGAAACGUUUUUGCUGUAAAAUUCCAUCACAUGGAAUGGACUCUACUACAGAAACCACAUAUCUUGAAGACUUACAAGAUGAGGCUCCUACAUGUUCACAGGCUGGGAUUGAUCCUAUAAUUACUCCACCAUUGGAUUUGAAACAAUAUGGCAGAAAGAAAGGAAGGAGAAAAGAAGAAGGCAGCAGAAACCAAAGUUUAUUAUUUGCAGACCUUCCUAAACAAGAAACCCUGCAGGGAGAUUUGCUUGUUUCAGUUAAUCAGAGUACGGCCAGAAGGUCAACCAAAAGUAGAUCUGAGCAGACUUCCAAAAGGUCAUCGAAACCCAGAAAAAACUCAGACCUGAAAAGCAUGGGAAAUCCCUUCGGUGAAAAUUGUAGGGAUGGGGAACUUUAUGUGGAACAAGCGCCAUUGAGGAUAAGGGAAUUCAAAAUGGACCAAGGAGCUAUGGAAUUGGCAAGUAGCUGUGAACGAAUCACAUUAUCUGGGCCAAUGGGUAUUGGUGCAGCUCCAUCUGAGGAAGCGGGUGGUGAAAUGUUGCAGCUCAAUGCCAACAAGAAGGCUCAGAGGCAUCCUAAAAAAUCAAAUGAAGUGAAUAAAUGUGGAUCAUACACUCCCACUUCAGGGGGCUGUAAAAAAGGAAGAGGUAAUGGUUCGCAGAAAAAGAAGGUCGUACCUGGCCAGCAUGCUACAUUAACUGGCAGCAGCGACAAAGAACAAGAAACACUUCAAGAUCAAUGGAGGAAGGAUGGUGGUAAAGGAGCUGCUGUUCAAGAUGGGGCAGGUUCUGUUAUUCUUGGAGAAAGUGGUGCCAAUGCGGUAAACAAGUCUGCGUUGGAUGCUGAGGUCCAGAGUCUUCCACCUCGUGUGGCAUGGGUGCUGUGUGAUGAUUGCCAAAAGUGGCGAUGCAUACCUGCUACUCUUGCUGACAUUAUUGAGGAAACAAACUGCAAAUGGACAUGUAAGGAUAACUUGGACAAGGCAUUUGCGGACUGCUCAAUACCCCAGGAGAAGUCAAAUGCUGAAAUCAAUGCAGAGUUGGACAUAUCUGAUGCCUCGGGUGAGGAAGAUAACUGUGGUUCACGUCAUUGUCCCAAAGGCCUAGAUGCCAGACAGUUGACAGCUUCGCAGCAGAUGUCUUGGACGCUUAUUGAGCAUAAUAUAUUUCUGCACCGUAGCCGUAAAAGCCAGACAAUCGAUGAGAUUAUGGUUUGCCAUUGCAAAUCUCCUGUAGAUGGUAUCUUGGGUUGUAAAGAUGAUUGCCUGAAUCGGAUGCUUAAUAUAGAAUGCGUUCAGGGUACCUGCCCUUGUGGGGAUUUAUGCUCAAACCAGCAGUUCCAACGAAGGAAGUAUGCCAAUUUUAAGUGGAUUCGCUGUGGAAAAAAAGGCUAUGGCUUGCAGCUGCAGGAAGAUGUUUCUCAGGGAGAUUUUCUUAUUGAAUAUGUUGGAGAGGUGCUGGAUAUGGCUACCUAUGAAGCGCGUCAGAAAGAGUAUGCAGCUAGAGGUCAAAAACAUUUUUACUUCAUGACAUUGAAUGGGAACGAGGUUAUAGAUGCAUGCGUUAAAGGAAAUUUGGGGCGUUUCAUAAAUCAUAGUUGUGAGCCUAAUUGUCGAACUGAGAAGUGGAUUGUUAAUGGAGAAGUGUGUAUCGGAUUAUUCGCAAUUCGAGAUAUUAAAAAGGGAGAAGAAGUUACGUUUGACUACAACUAUGUCCGAGUUUUCGGGGCUGUUGCAAAGAAAUGUGUCUGUGGAUCUUCUGAAUGCAGAGGGUAUAUUGGUGGUGAUCCAUUAAAUCCUGAAGCUGUUGUUCAUAGUGACUCUGAUGAAGACUAUCCUGAACCCGUGAUGAUUCACGAAAAUGGCGGAACUGGGAUCUUAGCUGAUGAUACCAUUUCGAAUAAUGGUAGAACUGAGAUCUUAGCUGAUGAUACCAACUCCAGUACCAAAGGAAAUAGCAUAACUGGGAUCUCAGCUAAUGAUACCAUCUCAAAAACUGAAGAAAUUGGUGGAACUGAGAUUUUAGCUAUUGAUAACAUCUCCAAUAGCAAAGAAGCUGGUAGAACUGAGAUUUUAGCUAAUGAAUAUAACUCCAUUAUGAAAGAAGAUGGUGGAGCUGAGAUAUUAGCUAAUGACAACAACUCCAAUUUGAAAGAAAAUGGUAGAACUGAGGUCAUAUAUGAUGAUAGCAAUAACACCUGCAGUACCAAUUGGACGGAUGCUGUUGUUCCACGGGAAAUUGCUUCUUUACCAGCUGGAGAUGUCAGUAACAGACCUAUUGCUGACAAUAUGGAAGUUAGUCACAAGGAUAAAAAAGCUGUUUCCUCAAUCAAGAAGUCAUCUAGAUCUAUCAAGAUGGGAAGGUCUAAUACAAACCAACUUAAGGCCAGCAAACCUAGAAAACUGCUGCCAGGCAUUGAUAGAGGCCGCUUUGAAGGAGUUGAUGAGAAACUAAAUGAGUUACUUGAUGCCGAAGGUGGGAUCAGCAAACGAAAAGAUGCUACUAAAGGAUACUUGAAGCUUUUGUUUGUUACUGCAGCUUGUGGUGAUAAUGUCCAUGGGGAGGCAUUCCAAAGCACACGGGAUCUUUCUUUGAUUCUUGAUGCACUUCUUAAAACAAAGUCACGGAUGGUUUUGGUCGACAUAGUGAACAAAAAUGGUCUGCAAAUGCUGCAUAACAUUAUGAAACAGAACCGCAGAAAUUUCAAUAAAAUUCCUAUAAUCCGGAAGCUUCUAAAGGUACUAGAAUAUCUUGCUACAAAGGAAGUACUUACCUUGGAGCACAUUAAUUCAAGUCCUCCUCGUGCAGGAAUUGAAAGUUUGAAGGAGUCAAUACUUAAACUGACAUGGCACAAUGAUGUCCAGGUCCACCAAAUAGCACGAAGCUUCCGAGACAAAUGGAUACCUCGCACGACCAGGAAAGCUAAGUACUCUGAUCGGGAGGGUGCUGACUAUCAUCAUCAGUCCAAUGGUCGUAAUGGCCACUGGAACCGUUUCCAUAAACGUUGGCAGUCCCCAGCUUUAAGACAUUCAGAUGCAAUUGAAUGUAAAUCUCGUGCAUUGGAGCCUGUUCCCGUCUCCUCAUCUCCUUCCCUCCCCAAAAAUCCCCCUUCCCCUCCAGUGGUAUGUGCUAACACAGACAAGCAGACUGAUGCCACCCCAUCGUCAACUACAACAAAUGGGACAAGAAGGCGCAAAAGGAAAAGCCGAUGGGAUCAGCCAAAAGAUGGUGAAGAGGAGCAGCCUUCUCUAAACACUGAACACCGUCAAUGCAGUGAAGUGAUGCCUGACCAUCCACCAGGCGAAAAACUAGUUUCGAGUCUAGCUGAGAGUGUGCAGGCCCCAUUAACAAUUGAGAGCAGCAGUCAUAGUACACUUGUACGAGCUGUUCCUUGCAGUGAGGGAGCUCACCUUGAUGAUGAGAAAGUUCCUCCUGGAUUUUCUGUUCCCUCGGGCACCCAGACUGCAUAUCCAGAAGAGCAAAGAUUUGAGUGUAAUGCGCAGAAGAAAUCAUUUAUUGGAAGUCAGUUGUGCCCCGCUGAACAACAUAGUCCUCUGGGGUUUCAGUCCCCUCCCCUUCCCUCCCCAUUCCCAAAAGAGCAACGACGACGGCAUAACGAUGCUGCGAAGUAUCAUAGUCAUCCCUGUGAUUAUGAUGAGCAUUCAGUGCCUCCAGGUUUCCCGCCUCCCUCGUGCAAUGCACAGGUGAACAGUUUGAGCCCAGUUGAGCAGGGUUGUGGCAUGGCGAACAAGGGGUAUGAUGAACAAAUACCUCCUGGUUUUCAGCCGCCCUUAAGCAGUCCACAAGUUGUUCCCACCCCUCCAAACUCAAGUGCUGUAGCUCUUGAUCCACCAAGUUACCAACACAACAGUUGGGGAGUUAACCAACAGGGAACAACAUGCAUAUCACCUUCUGUGCCAUCGUCAUUUCCUGGAGCGCCAAGGCCCCAAGCACCAAAUUUCCAAACAAACCCCAUUGGUAGUAGCAUUGGUGGUGCACCACCUAUGCCAACUCUGAAUUGGUCACUCCCACCCCCUCGUCCUCCUCCUAUGCCUUUUCAGCUUCUCCCCCCACCACCUCCUGGUCCUCCACCUCUACAUCACAUGGUCCGUCCACCAUGCAGUGAAGAGAUAAUGCGGUCUCCUCAGUUUGUUCCACAUGUGCUAGGACCUGCACCCAGCCAACCGGUGCCUAUCAACCCUCCAUUGCCACCUGGACCCCCGCCUGCGAGUGCAAGACCUGUGAGUGGGUCGUUCCCUUGUGGCUCCCAUUCGCCACCACUUGCCCCUCAACCAAUGCUAGCUGCCCCGUUCCAAUGUAUGCCACCCCCUACGAAUCAACCAAUGCCUCCAUUCCAUUGUCCACCUCCACCACCUCCACCUCCACCUCCACCUCCACCUCCACCUCCCAAUCCUCCCAUGAUGCAUGGGGAUCCAUUCCCAAUGCAAAACCAGGCUACCAUGCCUCCUCCCCCACUACCAAACACCUGUAAUGCAGUGCCUCAGCGACAAAAUCAGGCUCCUAUGCAGCCGCCGCCGCCUCCGAUAACCAAUUGUAAUGUCGUGCCAAAUUCGAGAGAAGAGGGAUCAUCAUCAUAUGCACCUCCACAACCUUGUGUUGGGGGAACUGCAACAGCGGGGGGCAUGGGUAGGAGAUGGGGUGGGCCACAGCAUAGGUGUGAUCAUGUGCCCCCAUGGCAGAGAUCCAGGAACAACAACAAUAGCAACAACCACCACAACAGUUGGUCAGCCAGGGGUUGUUCUAGGGGCGGGUUCAAUGGUUUCAAUGGGAAGUGUUUUAGGAAGGGUGGCAGUGGUGGUGGCAGCAGUGGGGCUAAUAAGAAUUUUUCUUCUACCCAUCAUCACCACCAUCAUUGAGUGAAACAGAGAUCUGGUGUUAGCGUUCGUCUUGUAUUCCCAAUUCUUUUGCAGCAUAUAUGGUGGGUCCCCAUUGUUCUUUCUUUCAUUCCUCUCUUUCUCACACACAUUCAAAUCACAUGUUACCUCAAUUUUCAUAGUUUUGGGACUUCCAUUCAUCGUGGCACGCCAGAUUGGAUUCCAUGGCUUGAGAUAAUGCUUAGAAGCUGGGAAGUGAAACCUCGUGCCAGUUGUAUCCUAUUUUUGUGUAGGUUUCACCCUUUAGAGGGCCAAAUAGAUGAAAAGAAAGUUACAGAAGUCCCAAAAUAAUUUUUGAUUGUAGAGGAAAUGGAAAUGAAAUCCUGGAAUCUUGUGCCUGCCUCUGUUCCUUGGUCUUCAACGACCUCCUUGUGAUUCGCUUGGUAUGUUCGUCUUAUUUUCUUUAGAUUCCAUUUUUUUUUUUUACCCAAACAUGGUGGACGUGUUUCAGGAAUUUCAAAGAAAUUCUUGUGCAAUAUAUGCCAUACAGCGGUGGAAGUUUAUAUUUAUUCGUUAUUCAUUGA